AUGAAUCACCAAGAGACUAUUUCCAGCCAUUACGCCAUACUUAUCGGGAUCAACGCCUACCCGGAAAAGCCCAUACCAUCAGGGGUAAGGGAUGUCCAGAAUGUCAAGAAGUACUUAAAAGAAUUGCCAUACCAUGUUGAUAUCGAGAUUUUCACAGCUUCUGGCAGCAGUGAAUCGGGCGUUUCUAGUCCAAUUGAAUUGCCCACGUUCUGGCCAACACAUGAACAUGUAACCUCGGCGCUUAAAAGAGCGGCUUCGGCCGAAGCUGGCGACUUCGUCUAUGUUCACUUUUCGGGACACGGUACCCGAGCGGAGCCUUGCGGUGUGUUCUCCAACGAGUCGACGGGAGACCUGGCGUUAGUUGUUCUCGAUGGUACGGGAAGCAUACAGUACCUUUGGGGUGAGGAUCUUUCACACCUGAUAAAAAUAAUGAUCGACAAAGGGAUACUGGUCACUCUCGUUCUCGACUGCUGUUUCUCUGCGACUGUAUACCGAGCGGACGAACCUGAUGUCCGUUUUCUUCCGUACAACCCAGCUAUCAAUGCGGGACCGGCGCAAAAACCUCGGGAACUUUUACAAUCUACUGGAGAAACGUAUCGUGACGUUUCGAUGCUACCAAAUUGGAUGCUCAACCCAAAUGGAUACGCCAUUCUUUGUGCAAGUGGCCCUGAUGAAGUGGCGAUAGGGCCACGAUUCGGCAAGGACAAGGAGAAACAUGGAGCACUAACCUAUUACCUUCUCGAAAGUCUCAAGGAAGUUGGUCCUGCAAAGAGACACAAAGAUAUUUAUGACAACCUGAGCGUGAAGUUUCGAAAGUCAGGCCUACAACAACAUCCAGUCCGCUACGGAAAUAAACGCCAAGGCUUCUUCGACCACGUUCAAUCAGAUGUUGCGGCACUGACAGUCCCUAUUAUCCAGAAGCGGGACAAAGGCUUGCAAUUGCAGGCUGGACAUGCGCACGGCAUUAAUGACGGCGACCAGUUUAUUUUAUGUCCCUGGGGUUCUGCCGAUCUUCGAUCCGAAAUGCAAGAAAGCUCAGUGAUGGCCAGAGUCACCCACGCCAGAGCCUUCACUUCGGAUCUGGAGCGAUUAGAGGACCAAAUCUCUGUCCCUGUCAAGACGGGAUGGGUAGGUCGCGCCACUUCCAGUUCCUGUCUUCGCAAAUUUCCAAUCCAACUCGACUCCAGUUUGUCACAGCGAGAUGAGUGGUUGACGGCCUUUAAUGAGCGCUCAAUCGAUGCUCAUAUCGAGAUGGUUGAACAGUCUUUUUCAUUCCACAUCUUAACCAACGGCAACAACGAUAUCGAGAUCCUAGACCAAUCAAACCAGAGGAUCCCAUAUUUGCUCACUGCUUUGCAAGAUGGAUCGGACAUCAAGCGCAUCUGCGAAAUGGUGGAGCAUCUGGUUAGAUACGAGUUCGUUAAGAGCUUGUCUAACAACAUCCUCGGCCAAUCUUUCCCAGAAAGCUUCCGGUUCGACGUUUACAUGCUCAAGGGCCAAGAAGUCAUUCGCCACGGAACCCUGGUGGAAUUGGAAGAUGGUACUGAGGUGAGGUUGGUUGUGCAAAACAAUGGAACCAAGUCUCUAUAUCUUUCCGUUUACGCGCUGGGUCCUUGUUGGGAGAUCGAAAACGUCAUCCACGGGAGUUACGAAGUGAUUCCCCCGAAGUUGCCCCAACUGAAGUUCAGAGGUGCAACGAAGAAGAAAAUCAAAACGACGGUUCCGGAAGAAUUAAGGGACGAGGGGUACAGGCAGUGCCAAGACGUGAUCAAGGUCUUCAUUACGUCCCGACCAGCAACAUUCGAUUUACUCGAAUUGCCGAAACUGAACGAAAAAGCUAAAAGAUCCCCAGCAAGUGAAGAAGAUCGAACAGAGGAUGACGAUGACUUAUUCGAGCACUGGGUAGCUUUAAACUUCUCUAUUCGAACAUUUGCAAAGUAG